AUGGCCCUCUUCGACGGCUCCGUCGGCCAGACGACGCUCUACGCGGUGGCUGCUUACGCCGCAUUCCUAGUCUUCCGCAAAGUCACUACCCGUUCUCCCCUCGACAACGUCCCUGGACCAGCCCCCGACUCAUGGCUUAGAGGCGACUUCGGCAAGCUCUUCGCCCGCCAGCCUUGGGCGUACCGUCAGGGGAUGAACCAACGCUAUGGGCACGUCUGGACAAUCCCAGGUAUCGCAGGGAGCAAGUGGCUCAGCGUGUCCGACCCCAAGGCGAUGCACGCUAUCUUCAUCAAGGACAUGGACAAUUAUGAAGAGCCCAACGAGUCUUUCCUGCUCAUGCUUGGUCCCGGUCUCCUCUCCAUCAAAGGCACCCAGCACAGACGCCAGCGCAAGAUGCUCAACCCAGUCUUCUCCACCAAGCACCUGCGCGACAUGAUGCCCCUCUUCUUUGCCGUCGUUCACAAGACAUGCGAUGCAAUCACGAGCCGCGUCGAGGUCGCGGAGUGCUCGGCCCCCGAGAUUGACAUGCUCGGGUGGAUGGGCCGCACGACGCUCGAGGUGCUCGGGCAGGCCGGCCUCGGGUACUCGUUCGACCCGCUCACGAGCGACCGCCCGGACGCAUUCGCGAACGCGGUCAAGGACUUCUUCCCGCAGCUCGCGCAAACACUCGUCAGCCGUCUCAUUCUGCCCUACACGGAAUGGAUGGGCUCGAAGGAGUUCAAGCGCAAGCUCGUCGAGUUCAUCGGCACUCAGAACAGCACGGUUCGCCGGCUAACGGAGAUCGCAGAUGUGAUGCACGCACGCUCGGUCGAGAUCUUCAAGGAGAAGAGCACGGCGCUUUCGCAGGGCGACGAGGCUCUCAAGCAGCAGGUCGGCGAGGGGAAGGAUGUCAUGAGCAUCCUGCUGCGCGCAAACAUGCUCGCGUCGGAGGAAGAUAAGCUGCCGGACGACGAGCUUAUUGCGCAGGUCUCCACGAUGAUCCUAGCCGGUAUGGACACCACCGCGAACACGCUCGCGCGCAUCUUGGAGCUCCUCGCGCAACACCCUGACGUGCAGGAGCGUCUGCGCGAAGAGGUCAUGCGCGCUUCUGAGCAGUACGGUGACGGCGAGAUCUCGUUCGACGACCUGAUGGCGCUUCCGCUGCUCGAGGCCGUCUGUCGCGAGACGUUCCGCGUCUCCCCCGGGGUGACCACCCUCUUGCGCCGGACGGUCACCGACGUCGUGAUGCCGCUUUCGACCCCAAUCCGGAUGCGCGACGGCACGCUCGCCGACGCGCAACUGCGACCCGGCGACGUGGGGCCCGGACGCGCAGUCUGGCGGCCGGAGCGCUGGCUCGCGCCCGUCCCCGCCGCGGUCGAGGCCGCGCGCAUCCCGGGCGUGUACUCGCACCUGAUGACCUUCAUCGGCGGGAGCAAGAGCUGCAUCGGCUUCAAGUUCGCGCAGCUCGAGGCCAAGGUCGUGCUCUACGCGCUCCUCCAGCGCUUCCGGUUCGAGCGCACGGCCGCGCCCUACCCGAGCAUCGGCGACGGCGAGCCGUGCAUGCCGCUCAGACUCUCGCUGCUGCACGGGCGCAAGUGA